AUGUCUUCACAAGCAUCUCAAAGACAAGGUGUAGGCAAAGCUCUAUUAUCCGGAAGACUUGGAAGCUACCACAACCCACCAGCUAUUGCAGAACUAUCUGUGCCGGCUCAUUCAUCCAGCCUGAGCAACCGGUCUAGCGGCUCCAGGAGUCUGCAGCGUUUGUGGUGGUCGGAUCAAUCCUGCAGCACAACCAGUUCAUUACCUCGCGAAGACGGCUCUCCCCAGUCGCUAUACCACCCACGCCCACAGCGGUCGGUUAAUAUAUCAAACCUUCUCCAUGCAAAAUCUCCUCGUCCAGAAUCGGUGUCUACUGUGAGAGCGCAGAACGGCAGCCAGUGCACAUUAGACAUGUUUCCAUCUGUCGACAUUGGGCGAAGUGUUGACGGAUUCAACUAUGGAUAUGAUAAUUCUUUAGGUAUUAGCCUGCCUCGAAAUUCGCCCAAGUGCGGAAAGCGUCCUGAGCAGCGCAACGCUGAACUAAGACAUAUGAAUCCCCCAUAUACAGACCAUGAUCCUCAAGUACCUGCAGUGGCCCCAAGAGGAUUGGACGCAGACGGCGAGCUCGUCCAUGCAGGAACAAGGUAUCCGUAUUUCCUCUCCGCAAAUGAGCAACCCUAUCCGAAAACAUUAGCAGCAUGCGGCUCUUCAGCAUCGAUAUGCCACCCCUCCCCCUCCAGUAGAUUGACAGACGACAACCUCCUGUCCAUAGCACUACCUAGCAGGCUCAACACACAAGACCUCGUGGACAUCCUACAAGAAUCCAACACAUACAAACAGCAUCGCAAUCAAGGCAGUACUAUCCUCAGCAACCUGCCAGCUCACCCGCAUCUGACACAAGACAUUGGCGGCAUCGAAACAGCAUGCCGAAAUCCUCUCGAGAGUUCCAGACCAAGCAUCCCAGACCCAAUGGCCACCAACGCAGCACAAUACCUGUCAUCGGCCCCCAAAACACCAAACACCAAGCCAUAUCUCAUCCAUCCAUCAUCCACCAAACGAAAAUCUCCAUCGGCCGACACCCACCAUCCAGCGCUAAAGCCGGCUAUAUCCAAACCCGACGUCGUAUACCGCCAGCCCCAACCCUUCGUCGGCAAGCUAGCCUCCUCCGAGACACAGCAUGCGCCAAUGUAUGCAGCGCAAUUGUUGACCAGCCGUGCGCGAAAACGAACGUCGAAUCGCCCUGAUAUUCGGGCAUUGCCAAAUCACGACCAGGAUCCAAUCGAGUGA